CGGCCGGGGGAGGAGGAGCCGCGGCGGAAGCCGUGCUGCCGGCGGCCGAUGGCGGCGGGCGGCGGGGCCGGGCUGCUGCCCUUCCUGCGGCUGCUGGGCCAGCUCAAGAGAGUACCGCGGACAGGAUGGGUGUACAGGAACGUGGCAAACCCAGAGAGCGUCUCCGAUCAUAUGUACAGGAUGGCGAUGAUGGCUUUGGUGACUGAAGAUAAAAACCUUAACAAGGACAGAUGCAUACGAUUAGCUUUGGUUCAUGAUAUGGCUGAAUGCAUUGUUGGAGAUAUUGCUCCUGCAGAUAAUAUCCCAAAAGAGGAGAAACACAGGCGAGAAGAGACAGCUAUGCAACAACUGACCCAGCUUCUAUCUGAGGACCUCGGAAAAGAAAUCUAUGAACUCUGGGAAGAAUAUGAAAACCAGUCUACUGCAGAGGCCAGGUUUGUAAAGGAGUUGGAUCAGUGUGAGAUGGUACUGCAAGCAUUUGAGUACGAAGAGUUGGAAAACACACCUGGCAGACUGCAGGAUUUUUUUGAUUCAACUGCUGGAAAGUUUGUUCACCCAGAAAUACUCCAGCUUGUAUCUCUGAUUAAUACAGAAAGGAAAAAAAGAAUAGCUGCCACAUCUCAUCCACAUUCCUGAGGUGUUCCUAAAUGCUGUAGCCAUAAUAAAUACUUUGGUUUA